GCAGGCAGAAAAGGAUGAAGAUCUGUAUUCCUUACUUUAAGUUGUAGUUGCUAAAGGAGGAGGAAUGACCCAGGGACUCUGGCAGUUUGAUGCACAGCUAUUUCAACACAAGAGCUUGCUUCUUCCUUUCCAGGAACUGCUGCAAACUUGUUAUUUGCUUUGGCUUUUUGUUCGCUUUCUGUCUCCUGGAGCUGUAAAGUCCGAUGCUGGAUCAACUUUACCUUCCCUGCUGCUGCAAAGCCCUAUGCACAAGCCAAAGGAGUCUCCUCUGCUACAGGCCUGUGCUGGCUGCUGCUGGCACGUCGUGUGUGGGGACGAACAGCAUCUCCAGCCCUUGGGGAGUGCAAGAUUGGCAAUGUCAAGUCUCAGUCACCAGCAUGGUGCGGCGAAAGGGCUUUCUGCAGAAGCCCCAAAGGCUGAGGCGCAGCGCAGCUGACUCGGGCAUCAGUGACACAGCUCGAAGACAGCCAUUACCCAAGGCAAAACCACCUGCAAACACUGACAGUUCUGACCCUGCUUCAGCAUCUAAUCUCAAGGCAGAGGGAAGAAGGAAGGAGACAGCCCAGGGAUCAGAAGACGACCCCAGCUCUCUGGUGAUGGCAUGGAUCGGACACUUCUCCAGCAGCUGUUUUACCUACCUCUCAGUCCUGUCACCGUCCAGUAUCCCCGAAGUGCCAAGGCACAAGACUGAUGCAGAGCCACUCUUAGCAACCCAGCCAUGGCCGGAGAUUCUAGGAUCUUCAUGAACCAGGACAUGGACAUCGGAGUUACAUCCAGAGAGCCUAAGAAGAUUCCCAAACAGGCUCGGGAUGAUGUCCCCAUUGCCACUGACCGAACUCGCCUCAUAUCAGCAGAAGGUAAGAAGCCACGUCAGCGUUACAUGGAGAAAAGUGGCAAGUGCAAUGUGCACCACGGAAAUGUCCAAGAAACCUAUCGAUACCUUAGUGACCUCUUCACUACGCUGGUGGACCUCAAGUGGCGUUUUAAUCUUCUUGUCUUCACUAUGGUCUAUACCAUCACUUGGUUGUUUUUUGGGUUCAUAUGGUGGCUCAUUGCCUAUAUCCGGGGAGACCUGGACCAUCUUGAAGAUGAGAACUGGAUCCCCUGUGUUGAAAAUCUCAGUGGAUUUGUUUCUGCAUUUCUGUUUUCUAUCGAGACUGAGACAACAAUUGGGUAUGGCUAUAGGGUCAUAACGGAGAAGUGCCCAGAGGGCAUCGUACUGCUCCUGAUCCAGGCUAUUCUGGGCUCCAUUGUCAAUGCGUUCAUGGUGGGAUGCAUGUUUGUCAAGAUCAGCCAACCAAAGAAGAGGGCUGAAACCCUCAUGUUUUCUAACAACGCCGUGAUUUCCAUGAGGGAUGAGAAGCUCUGUCUCAUGUUCCGGGUUGGAGACCUCCGCAAUUCCCACAUUGUUGAGGCUUCUAUUAGAGCCAAACUGAUUAAGUCCAAACAGACCAAAGAAGGAGAGUUUAUCCCCUUGAACCAAACGGACAUCAACGUGGGAUUUGACACUGGAGACGACAGAUUGUUCCUGGUAUCACCUCUUAUCAUCUCGCAUGAAAUCAACGAGAAAAGCCCCUUCUGGGAGAUGUCCCGCACCCAGCUGGAGAAGGAGGAGUUUGAAAUUGUGGUCAUCCUGGAAGGAAUGGUGGAAGCAACAGGGAUGACUUGCCAGGCUCGCAGCUCCUACAUGGACACCGAGGUGCUGUGGGGACAUCGUUUCACUCCUGUCCUCACCCUGGAGAAGGAUUUUUACGAAGUCGACUAUAACAGCUUCCAUAGCACUUACGAGACCAACACUCCUGUGUGCUGUGCCAAAGAGCUGGCCGAGUCUCGCCGGGAAGGCCAGCUCCUCAGCCACCUCUCCAGUGCCACCCUCCUGAGCGGAGGCAGAGAAGCAGAGACAGCAAAAGGGGAAGAAGAAGAAGACGACAGGGAGCCAGCAGGAUUGAGUGGAGCCAAUGGGACAGCAGGAGAGGUGAAAGAAGAUAUGCCUGUAUAACACAUGAACUGCUGGACAGUAGAUACCCACAUAGGCUUACUGGGAGGCUGGGGCCUGGCAAGUCAGGAAUUGACUGGGAGUCAGAGAGCUGAGAUUUAUGUCCAGAUCUCUGCUGCCUGCUGCUUGAUCCUGGCAAGUCACUGCACAGCACUGUGCCUCAGUUUCCCUUCCCUUUUAUCUAUACAGUGAGGUUCUGAGCUUUGCACUUGUUUGCAAAGCAUUUUGAUCUCUAUGGACAAAGCUCACUAAAUAUGAUCACUGUUAAAAUUGAAAUUCCCACCACUGGUUGUUUCAAAAGAUGUUCAUUGGAUGUUCAGAACUCUUCCCCCUUGAGAGAGGGUAUUUAAAAAGUAAAAGUCCAGAAUGUCCCAUCUCAGUAUGAAGAAUGUGGUUUCAUACCUUCACUUAAUUUGUGAGUCAAUGUAUUGUAGACAUUGUUACUGCUCAAUUAAAAGAAGAGGAAA